ACGUAGUGGUAACUUGUAACAAAGGAUAAUUGGACACUCCUCUGGAUUAGUUAUUGGAAGUCUCCGGACAUUUGGAUGUGACUGUUUCUUUGUGGAUCCUUGUUUGCUUCAUAUUGUUUCUUUACUAAUUGUGCAGGGGCAAGAAGGUUAAAUGUCUCGUGGUAGGCAUGCAUCUGAGACUGUUUUAUUUUCAGCUCCCCGGCAACAGGAUUCUCAUAAUGAGUUAAACCAUCACUUCAUGCUGAUGCCCAGCGUAAGUGCUUGUUGAAGUCUCUUCUUAAACCAGAAAAAGGAGUAAAGGAAACAUUGAAAAGAAACACGGGUUAAAUGCGCUGGUUUCAGAAUGCUGAAAUUUUUAUUGUCUCUCUUUUGAAGAGCACAAUUUGCUGUUUUAAACAGUAUUUUGAGCAGCUAAGAACAUUUAUCAAACCACAUAGAGUACGCCUUCUCUUAUGGCAUUUCCUCGUUAAUAUUCGUCUUGUAUCCCUUGUUCUCAAAUUUCGUUUUCUUUUUCAGGCAAAAUUUGUACUUAACCCCAGCAAACAUCCUUGAAAGGGGCCCCAAACCUCCAGUUAAAUAUAUAUCGAGUUUGAGAUAGACAGUAGAGGGCAGAAAGCAUCAGUAUGCCAUGCACUCAAAGGACGGUGUACAAUUAGGUAAAAAGGUCAUAACCGUGUCGUCUUCCUCAUUAAACCCAAGCAGCAAACACGAGUUCAUUACAGCUAAAGGCCUGAAGACUGCCCUAGCAUUCAACCUAUAAUCCAUUUGGCUUGACUUAUUUUCAUGUUCUGAAAAGCAAGAGUGCAUAAUGGAACACUUUGAUGUUGAAAAAGCAUUGCCUGCUAAUUCAUGGUU